AUGACCUAUUAUUUGAAAUAUGUCCCCAACUGGAUUUUGAGUGAGAUCAAAAAGGAAAUGGAGCGGCGGAAGCUGGGGAAAAACAUGCAGGACUUCAAGAGGAAACAGGAAGAAGACAAGACCAAGCCUCUCUUGGAGGAAAGAAACAGAGAGAAGGCAGAGGAGAAGGCUGCCAGAGAGAGGGUCAAACAGCAGAUUGCCAUGGACCGAGCUGAUAGAGCAGCCCGCUAUGCCAAGACCCAGGAAGACGAUAAGGCUGCCAAGCAGGCCCUACUGCAGGCCAGAGAGGAAGAACAGAAGACCAGGAAGGAGGCAUUAGUCAGGGAGAGGAGUACCAUCGCAAGGAUACAGUUCCGCCUCCCAGAUGGCUCGUCCUUCACCAACCAGUUCCCCGCUCUCAGCAGAUUGCAGGAGGUUCAGGACUAUGCUGUUCAGGAAGUGGGAAGCCGCUAUGUGAAGUUUACCUUGGCAACUAUGUUCCCUCGGCGAGAGUUCACCAGUGAAGACCUGAACAAGACUCUGCUGGAGCUGGAACUGACUUCAAGUGCUUCUGUUGUGCUUUUGCCAUCUGGUAGGCCGGCAAACACGGUCCAGUCGUCCGGGGGGAAUAUUUGGGCACUUCUGGGCUCGCUCCUCUACCCUCUGCUGGCUGUUUGGAGAUUCCUCAGCUCCUUCCUGUUUUCGAGUCCACCGCCUACUACAGCAGCAGCAGCAUCCAGAGGCCCGUCCCAGGAAUCCGGCUCUGUCAUCAACUCAGCAUCAUCCUCCAACAAAGCAAAGAGAGAAUCACUCUCCAAGCACACUUUAGAGAGUCGGACUAAGGACUUCAAGAAAGAUGGCCAAGUUUGUAGGCUGAGGACUCAGGAGGACAGCGAAGACGACAACAACACCUGGAAUGGGAACUCCACCCAGCAAAUGUAGAGAACUUCAAACCAGUGGAUCUCGCUUCCUUUCGCUGUCCUGCUGUUAAUUUGUUUAGUCUUAGAGAGAGAAGACUUGGGCCGCGUUCAGACCUUGCACUGCUGCUCCGUUUAUGGUUCUGAAACUGCGGCAGAGAUCCAUUACAGACAGCGGCCUUAAAAUAUUCUUCUACACCCCGAAUGAUAUCGGUGUUUAUUUAUACAGAGUGCACAACUGAGAUUGGAUCUGAAGAGCUGGCUGGGGACGCAUGUGAAGCUGCAUCAGUGUCAGGUGUGAACACAGGCCACUGGUGAUCAGACGGCCCAGGAUAUUAAUGCAAGGUCUGAACAAGGCCUAAGAUCUCUGCUCCAUUUUCAGCAGUUCUUUCUGUUUCCUUUUUCCUUUUACCGUGUCCUAGACUUACACCCCUGGACUGCUAUACUAUACUAUUUUGUGUUUAUAAUGGCUGAGAUUGCAGCAGGUUGAAAAUCCUGUGACUAUGAAAGGCAACAACAGCAUUUCUUUUGGGUUUUGAUCAUAGCUGAUUAUUCUUUAAUAUAUUCCUACUGGCUGAUGUGAUUAUUUCAAAUUCUGUGCAAGAAACAAACUGAAAGAUUUGACCUGAAGAUCUUGUAAUCUGAACCUCAUCAAGAAGAAUGUACAUGUUUUUCUUUAAGAAAUAUUCCAUCAAAAUGCUUGCAGCUGCUGGAGCUGCUAGAUUUCCACCAAGAUGGAUGCACACCAGGAGCCCGUAUAGCUCAUCUGUUGAUGGGGUAUACUGUAAGCUGAGGUAACACCUUUAGAAUUUUAACACAAAGCUGGUUAUAUUUGUUUUUCGUUUUUCCUCGAUUGUGUUUUGGUUGUUAAAGAUUGCAUAGUCCUAACCUGAUGCCUGCUCCUUACAGGUGAAUAAACUUCUCCAGGCCAUCAUGUCGGUCACCAAUCAAUCUGUCACUUAGCAUUUGAAAAGCUGGUGGGUUAGAAUGGUUUGAACUAGGACUUGCAUGUGUUAAAAUGCAGCUGCAUGCUGAAUUAGACCAGACUGAUGUGUCAUAAUGAGCCACAGCUAAACUGUGCCUGAGCUUGGCUGCUUACACACAGUUUACCAAGUGACAUUCAGCCAGUCUCCUGUUUGAUCCCACCUCUACCAUUCUGCUGUGUUCUUGUGGAGAUGAACACAUGGUAGGGUCUCUUGUUAUUGUCAAAAAUAAAGCAUUAGCUGACCCUCA